AAGAAGGGACAGACACAAUAAAUUAACGAGGCUCUUGGCACUGCCAUAUCUCGGGCGACAGGGACGCGAGACAUCUCUUCUAGAACCAGGACAGCCAGAUUUGACGCGCCAAAUCGCACCGCGGAUCCGAUGCCCGCCAACACCAAACCGACGCCGGCAGACAUCCACUACGGCCCGCCACCCGAGGCCAGCCCAGUCGCCGAGGCCGCCGGACACUGCAUGAGCCGCUGGCUGUCCCAGUCGGCGGCCCAAGAUCCCUGGUCCCCGCAUCGCGUCGCCCCAGGGGGCCACGGCCCCGGCCGGCACUCGGAAGUUUUGUGGGCCGCGCCUGGAGACGUCGGGUGCGAGGGCUGGAGUACCCGGGCGACGCAGGGGAGCGCGCGGUCGUGAUGGAGUGAGCUGAGCGGUUGGAGGCAUAUGUGUUCGUUGUAGGGGGAGGUACCCUGUUUGCUUGGGAUUUUUUUUUUUUUGUUGUUGUGGGAUUUCAACCCUUGGCUUGCACUCGUGUCAAACCCGCCAAGUUGGAUAUAUGCGUACCUACCUCUUAUGGAUGCAUUGUUU